CGGUUCAUUCCGCCAUCGGCGCCCGCGACGUACGGACGUGAAAAGACGCGAGCACGGCUCUCGUUUGGGCGGACAACGUGAAGGAGUGGACAACCGUUGCAUAUCGCGUACGUACAACAAAACAAAAACAUCGGACACGCAAUACAUCGAUUAACGCAAGAUUCGUCGGUAAUAUAUUACGGGUGUUCCGAACGUGAUAUACAUACGUAUAUCGUGUGAAAUUAGUGCGACGGAUAUCAGUGAGAAUUCAGAGAGAGCAGAGCAUCGAUUGUCCUUUGUGUGAUCGUCGUUACUCGGCUUCUUGUUCCUCGGGACGCCACCGCGACGUGUCGUGCCGGGGCUCGAACGAGUGAGAGUCUCAUCGUGGGCUUCGAGGUCCAAUUGCAAACGUCGUCGUGUUAUACCUGCGCGUCCCUCUCACAAAGUGAGGCUCGUCGAAGGUCUCGUCGUCUCACCGGUGGCUGGGAGACGUGGAAUGAUAUUUCGUCGAAUCGGAGGUGCAGCCAGGCUCGUUAGGCUGCGACGUGACACGCGAGCCGAGUAUUUGAUACGUUAGAGGCUGUUGGAGCUCUACAGGCAAGAAGACGGCAAGAGAGAGAAGGGCACCUCGUAGUGGCUCCGAAGGAAAGGAAAACUCACCGUUCGCCGGCUUAUAGACAACGCCGGGCUCUUGCUUGCUUGCUUUCUUUCUUUUUCUCCCCCGUGUUUCCCCCUCUCCCUUUCACUCGACUCCGAGGCUUGCACGAAAUCGCGUGUCGCUCCCGUACCGCGUAGAAAUGUCGCCUCCUCAGGAUCACGAGGUUCCGUGAUCGCAGCUGUGCGCACAGCCAACGUUCUUCCUUCUUCGUGCGCUUCCUCUCCACCUACGGCCCGUUGGAAAUUCAAUUUCUGUGCAAACGAGUGAAAUCAAGAGGAAGCGAAUGCAGGAAGAGAAACUGGACACGGAGAAGGGAGGGCAUCGCAAGGUAACCGUGAGGAAACAUAGAUAAAGAGAGGAGGAAAGAAAUUUACAGUUGUACCGUUCUGUGUAUCGGACCAGUGAGACAAGAGAGAGACAGAGAGUGAGAGGGCGCGCUUAUUGUUCUGCUUUCGAAGAAACGCAUUGGAGAAGGAGAAAGAAUUGACAGAAGCAGACGCAACGAUUGCUCGUGUUUGUAUACACGUAUAUACUGCCUACGGAGUAGGACAAAGGGCACGUAUGGGACAGAGAUAAACGCAUAAGGACGGGAAGAAGAAACUGGAAAGGAUGCGUCCGAUUUGCCAGUGAUCGAACGUAGGCCUCGUCAUUAUUGCUUCGUGCGUGGGUGAAAACAGUGGUGUCGCUGGAAAACCGACCGAAGGAGAGAGAUAGAGAGAAGAGAAGGAGUAGAGGAGGAAGGGAGGAAAAGCGGCUGGCGGCGGAGGCCACUUCCUGUGGGCGACGACAAGGAGUUGGAGUGACGAAGGAAGUUCCUAAGAGGUUCCGGUACAAUGUCGACAGCCUACAGGAUGUGAUGGAGCCUCGUGGAGCCAGCUUUUACUAUGAGUUGAGGCCCCGUAAUUAAUUGGGACUGGCAUGGAGAAGGAGAACUCCGCAUCGGGCGGAGGUGGCGGGGGCGGUGGAGGUGGCGGAGGUGAAGCGGCGGCCACGGCGACUCCAGGCGCCACCUCCGCCUCCGAGAAACUGCAGGCGGACCAGGCCAAUCCGUUGCUCGAUCCGACUGCGCUCUUCGGUGCGUAUUGGCCUCGAGGCGACAGUGCAGCUUCGUCGUUAUUCGGCGGAAUGCCGGGCGGGUAUGGAUUGGGGGCCCAUCAUUUACCAUCGGCUUAUGCCAUCUUGGGCCGUGGUGGCUCUGCUCCUGGAUUCGGGGGGCACACACCAGCUUCCGCUCCACCACCACCUCCAUACUCCCAUAGCAGCCUUGGUACUCUGAGUGUAGCUGCCAGUCAGGCUGCGAGUUUAGGUAUCAAUCCUGCUAGUGCAGCGUGGUGGACAAUGGCCUCACAUUUAGCUGCACAGGACUACCUCGCGAGGUUACAAGGAGCGGCAGGGCUACCCGGAUUUCCGCCUGGUGCCGAGAGCCUUCUGCCACCCUAUCCUGCCUCUCUACUUAAUCCCCCGUCCCUAUCGUCACACAAGUCUAGUAAGUCUAAGUCAAGUAAGAGUCACAAGACGCCAGCGAGCAGUAGCAGCUCGACGACGCCGAGUAUGACGGGCAGCAGUUUACCGGUUUCGACUCAAGCACCAGUCACGUCGUCUCAUCACAGCACGUCGACCAGCAGCACGCCGAAUUCGCAAACGAACGUUGUCAGUUCUGCGAAAGAGGGCAGCGAUCCUAGCAGUAUAUUAGGAGGUGUACGCCUACCACCUGAUACGGAGAUUAUCAAGUACACGUCGAGCAUAGUCGGUCCAAAGGUUCCUGGCACAACGAACCGCGGGAGGAAGAAGACUAUAUCCUUAGACACACCGAGUGUGAGUGUGCAUCCACCGCCGGUACCUGCUCUGAGUGCUCAUCAGACAAACACCACGACAUCCUCGUUAAUGAUGGAACCGAGAAAAUAUAAUCGCACGGGGACCGAGUCGAACGAUUAUAGGGAGUCGGUGGAUCGCGUGGAGGUGAUCAAACUGCCGGCGCACUCGACAAACGGCUCUGCCUUACCAGCGCCAUCGUCGUAUACAACAACCACUAACGCGAGCAAUUCGAAUGAUUCGGACGCGCCGCUGAACCUCUCUCUGAAACCCUCGACGACGAGCAGUAGCUCGCCGAUUUCAGGCAGUCAGCCGCUCAGUCAGCUCAGUAAUUUAAGUCAGUCGUUACUCGCCUCCGAUCGAACUUCGAGAAGAAAGCCAGGACCGAAGCCUCGAAGGGUGCCACAGAAUUCCGUGCCGGUGCCAGCAUCGCCGAGUCCAUCCUUGGCGCAGCUGUUCGCUGCAGCGGAUUCACCUCAACGACCGAGCAGCGGAAGCGAGGAGAGCGAGAGCGCCAGCACAACCCACCACAAAGAUGGUCGGCCGAGAAACUUGGGCCGUGGAGUAUCUAAACCGAAGAAGAACACGGUGGCCUCGCUGCUAGCUCAGAGUAGAGCUUUGGGAAUCAAACCGACGCCCACUUUGGAUCCUAGUGUGCCAUUGUCUCAUCAGGUCUCGUUACUUAGGUCGAAUAUUCUGGCUGCUCAAUUGCAUGCCACUGCCACUGGCCAGGCCGAUGACAAGAAUCAGCGGUCUUUACAGGAGAAGAUGAAGAACAAGGUGCUCGAGGUAUCCGGUGAGGAGAGUAACAUGGACGUGACGAGCGAGAGCGGCAGCAACACCGACGUUGUGACGGACACCGACGACGACAACGCGGAUGGCGUGUCUAGCGCGAAGAGAAGAAAAGUGAAGCCUAGCGAGAGGGAUCUCCAGGUGCCGCUUGAGCGUGGCUGGAAGCGAGAGACCGUCAUCAAGGGAUUAGGAAAGUCAGGGGUGAUAAAGGGUGACGUGUCUUAUUAUAGUCCUUGUGGAAAGACGUUCAGGAGUAGUCCGGAUUUGGCGAAGUUUUUGGAGCAACAGAAUCCACCCGACUUAACGACGGCAAACUUUUCGUUCUCGUCUCGUCCGCUUGUGGGUGAAUUCCUACAGCCAACGAUGGGUCUCGCGGAGGCGGAAUUCGUUAGGUUGGGCGCUCAGGAAGUUGCGAGAAGAUUGGAGGAGUUGAGAGCCGCAGGUGGUUUCAGGGACGUGCGAACAAACAAUCAGUACGAGAGGGAGAAACUGGCAUAUGCAAAAAAGCUAGCGAAAGAGGAGGCGCAACGACACAAGGAGCAAGCUAGGCUCAUCAAGGAGCAAGAGAAAACGGAAAGGCAGGAAGCAGUGAGGCGAGAGCGGGAAAUUCGAAAUCAACAGCUGCUCGAGGCUCGGAAAAAACGGCAGGAAGAGGUGGAGAAGAUACGACUGGAAGAGCAACAACGGAAGCAACAGGAACGAGAACUGAAGCGGCAGCAGGCGGUUAUGCUGAAAGAACAGAUGUACAUGCAGGAGCUCACCAAGCAGCGCGAGAUGCUCUACACCGUCGAGCUGGAGAGAGAACGAAGGAGACAGCACAUGGCGUUGGUUCGAGCGUUGGAAAAUCGACGAAAAAUGGAGGAAAGAGAGAAGAAACGGUUAGAGGCGAGAGCCGAGAGAAUAGCGACGAAGGAGAAACGAGCUGAACAGAGGAAGGUUGAGAUGGAACUGAUCGAACAGAUCAGAAAGCCUGUCGAGGACAUGGAGCUAACGGAUCACAGACCACUGCCAGAAUUGAAACGACUACCUGGUCUCAAGCUGUCCGGUCAGGCAUUCGCAGACAUUGUGAUGGUGUUCGAAUUUCUGCAUAAUUUCGGCGAGACUUUAGGCUUUGAUAUGGAAUCGCUCCCAAGCCUAAAAAGCCUCCAACUCGCGCUGCUAAACGAUGAGGAAGCUGAGGAAGAACUUCUCUCCGUGAUGACACAUCUGUUAGUAUGCGCGAUCGAGGAUCCAGGAAUCCCUCAACCGGCAAGGCAUACAACCGGUCUUGGUCAAAGUUUACGUCAAGCUGAUAUAACGCACGCUAACAUCAGCGAAGUCUUACGAAUCUAUUUAUACGCGAACGCGACAGGAGAAGUGAAGGCUUUGACAGGAGUAUGUUUAGAACGAGAACGUGACAAGAAAUUCGCAGAUCAUCAUCAGAAUGGCGGUGACUAUGCCUCGACCUGUUCAGGAAAGAACGCUCAAUUCUACGAACACUUGCACAACAACGAAACAUGGAAGAUGUCCGAGAGGCUGAGGGACAAACCGUUCCUGGCCUUGAAUCCCACUCAUAAGGCGCAGAUGCUCGCGUUUCUCUGCAACGAGCUAUUGCAGAACAAGGCUGUGAUCCGACAGAUCGAAGGUAGCUUGGAGACGGUAGCUCAAUUGAGGAAAGAGAGAUUUGUGUUGGAUACAAAAAUUAGGAAAUUGAGGCAGUUGCAUAGUCGAAAGGUUCGAAUGGAAGCAGUUGGCGUAAUCGUUAACAAAACUGGAGAUACUAUUACGAUCGAGAAGAAAGAGGUUGACGAAGAAGGUAACACGACGUCGACAGCAGUGGGGACGACACCCACUCCUGAUGAAAUUCAUCACGAAGACGAGGUUGAAGACAUGUCCGAGAAUGAGAGCGAAGGAACUCAGCCCGAGGAGGAGGAGGACAAAAAUCUGUCCGGCGAAGAACUGGGUAAAAAAUUGGAUAAACUGUUGAAACAGUCAGAGGAACAAUUGCAGAAAUUGAACAGCUUCUCGAAACAGCUACGAGCACAUAUAUUUGGGCAAGACAGAUACUGGAGAAGAUACUGGGAGCUGGCAUGCGCUGGUGGCAUCUUUGUCGAAGCCAUGGAAAGCGCUGAACCAGAAAUCCUAGAGUUGCAGGCUGAACUAGACGAAAAGUACAAAAACGUGUCGAUGGAGGAAAAAUCAGAAACGAAGCAGGAGGACACCAAAGUCGAAAAUCGCGAGAACGAAGCUCCUAACGACGUAAAGAAGGAGAAGAAAUUCAAUUCGAGCGAGCAAGAGGCCGACGUCAAGCCUUUGGCGGACAAAACGAAAUCUGAAAGUGAAGAUGUUAAUUGCAAGAAAGAACCUAUGCAAAACUGCGAGAAUUUGGCGAACAUGAAGGAAGAGAAAAAGAAUGAUUUGGAUAAUUCGAUGACCGAUGCGAAGACCAACGUCACGUCUGAAGAGAUUAAACAAGAAACAGAGAUAGUUGGUAUGGAUGUCGAUAUCAAAGAAGAGACGAAAAAGGAGAACGACGAAGCAGAUGAAGACAUGAAACCAGCGGUGAAGAUAAUGGAAGAUAAAAUCGUCGAAACAAUUCCAAACGGUGAUAAGUUCAACCAUGUUAACAAUCUUCAUAAUGGAAAAGAAUUAAACGGCACCUUUAUAUCUAAUAAUAGCAACGAAUCCAAUUGGUUCUCGAUUUUACCUCGCGAGACUUGCGAUACUCCAGGACCAAGUACCAAGCAAAUAUUUGGAAUAGCCGAACCAACCGAACUGAGAAUACCAGUGUUCCCUCCGCCGGCUAGUCCAAAUUAUGACAGGUGCGACAGUCCAGCUCCUUUGAUUUUGACUCAAGACGAAGCAGCGCAACUUGAGUAUUUGAAAGUGCAUGGUUUACCACCCCCUGGAGAAGCCAAACCAGUACCAAAAGAUUUGAGAUAUGGUUGGUGGAGAAUAACGGACGUAGACACGUUUCAAGAACUAUUGGAGCACCUUCAUUCUCGCGGUGUUCGCGAGAAAGAACUAAAACGUACAACGUGGGCGACCAUGGAAUCUUUCCUAGCUGUUACGGGCAAGAUCAACGUGGACCCUGGUAACCUGACUGCUACCGAACUUCAAGCGACACCAGACGAACCCGACACACCGAUUCCAAAACCAGACAACCCGGCUGACUGGAGUGAACAAGUCGCAUUACGGGUAGAUGCGCAGCUCUUGGAACAAGUCGAGGCUCUAGAAGAUAAAGUCGCAAAUGCCAGCAUGCAGAUCAAAGGCUGGAAGUUACCUCCACGAGCAGGAACCGAAGAGGCAGAAGAAAUUGAAAAACUGAACGAAAUGGAAAAAAUUAGCGCGGUUGAACAAGCUCGACAAAGGUUACUGUCCCUGGAAGCAGCUAUUGAAAGGAGAUACUUAAAACCACCGUUAGGCGUUUGUACUGGAGAUCCAAAUCUAGCGGCCUUAAAGGCAGAACAAGCGGCCGCUGCUAACGCAAAUUCGAAUAAUUCGGAUCAGAGCAAUCAGACCCCGAUACCUCAAGAAGAAACAACUCCAAGAGGGCUGAACAACUGGCGAGAAGCAACGGCUCGAGCACACACGUCCGCUCAGCUCGCCAUGGCGCUUUAUAUGUUGGAGGCCAGCAUCGCUUGGGACAAGAGCAUCAUGAAGGCUGUGAGUCUAACACCAGCUAGAAACUCGGUCUGCGUCAAGCUACGAAACCGCUGCGUCUCACUCAAAGCUACCACUCAAUACAAUCAGCUAUUGACUACUUCUCAGGCCUCUAAUUGUCAGUUCUGUCAUAGCGGAGAUAACGAAGACAAACUAUUACUGUGUGAUGGUUGUGACCGCGGCUAUCAUACUUAUUGUUUCCGUCCAAAAAUGGAAAACAUUCCUGAUGGUGACUGGUAUUGUCACGAAUGCAUGAACAAAGCUACAGGGGAACGAAACUGUUUGGUAUGUGGAAAGAGGGUUGGUAAAAAUUUAGUGCUAUGUGAACUCUGUCCACGGGCUUAUCACACUGACUGCCACAAUCCUGUUAUGCCAAAAAUGCCAAGGGGUAAAUGGUAUUGUUCUAAUUGCCACAGUAAACAACCAAAGAAGAGAAAUAGUAGUCGAAGGAGUCAUACCAAAGGGGCAGGCACCAGAGAAAGUGAAAGUUCUGAUCAUCCACCAGCUAGUCCAACGCCGUCAACGGCAUCGAACACACACGUAGAGGACGUCAGUUCAUCGGAACCGGCAACCCCAACUGCUUCGCCACGGAAGGAGGGAAACAAUAGGACGCUCACGAAGAAACAGCAACGAGAGUUGGCUCCUUGUAAGGUGCUACUCGAACAGUUGGAGCAACAGGACGAGGCCUGGCCGUUCCUCUUGCCGGUGAACACCAAACAGUUUCCUACCUACAAGAAAAUUAUUAAAACACCCAUGGAUCUCAGUACGAUCAAGAAGAAAUUGCAGGACUCCGUGUACAAGUCUCGCGAUGAGUUUUGCGCCGAUGUCAGACAGAUGUUCAUCAACUGCGAGGUAUUCAACGAGGAUGACAGUCCCGUGGGGAAGGCUGGACACGGGAUGCGCAGUUUCUUCGAAAUGCGUUGGACCGAGAUUACUGGCGCACCACCUCCACACCCACAAACGCAUAGCUGAGGCUCGGUUCGCUCUCGCAACACCUGCAACAGUUUUGCCCACUUCUACUACUAGAGGAUAGAUCCCUUGACAUAGAGUAUCAUUAGGAAUCGUCCAAGAGACUAACGGCGAGUCCUGUUUUCUCUGUGCUCCGUCGGCCUCGUUCUAGCGGCUGACCGAACAACUUUAAUACUAAUAGAGAGAAAACAAAAAACAGUAAUAGGAAGUCCACGAAUACGGGUACAUCUUCGUAUGCGUCGCGUUACGUACGUGUUACACAUUCGCCUCUUCUCAUCCUAUGUACUCGUUACUCACCCGUAAUCGACGCUCGCGUGGCUGCUUCUCUCCUUCUAAGUACACACAUACCUUAAUACUCGAAACUAAUCUAAUGGUGACGAACGUCUUUAACGGCUCGUACUUCCCCUCUCUGUAGCAUCAACGGCGAACUAAAGAAAAAAACCGCGAUGUUGCAAGAAUUAUAUAUAUAUAUAUUCGUCGAGAUGCCUCUGCUGAACGAAACUCAAGUUACGUUUAACGAACAACAUAAGGAUUGUUAGUAGGAUCAUGAGAGAAGUUAUAAAACUUAUCAUGGCCGGAAGCCGUGACAAAGACUUUACGAUAUAGAUUACAUUUUGUGAUUCGGAGCUUCUUAAGAUCGGCGCGACUAAAAACACCCAUGUAUGGGAAUGCAUCUACUCGUUCGAAGCCUCCAAACUCCCUGCUUCCCGAGUAGAAAUGAAACACAAUGCAGAUGGUCACUGUACUUACUGAAUAAAACGAGUAAAUUUUUGCCUAAGCAAACAAGAAUGUAAUUUGCAAUUGUAUUAUACGGGCUUAGUGCCGGCGUGUCGGCAAAAGAAAUAUUUUGCAAAGUAAUGAAUGUGAAAAGAAGAGGUAUAUAUAAAUAUAUAUAAAUAUAUAUAAAUAUAAAUAUAAAUGUAUAAAUAUGAAUAUAGUGUAUAUGUAUACUAUAUAGAUAGUCACGUCACACGAACAUGCAACACACAUACACGUAACACUUCUGCCCACGAAAACGUCAGCACGAUAAGGGUAACAUUUGCUGUACAGUAAGAUAUACAACAGAAUGACGAAGUCAAUCUUCCAAUUAAGGACGGAGUUAAUGCCAUUCCACGGAUUCUUUGUCCCUUUCUUUUUAUUAAUUCGCUUUUUACUUUAUUUAUUUAUGUUUGAAUCAUGGGUGAACGGAAAUGAGGCUUAUUUGAUUGAAUGAUUGCACACAAACAGAGUAUCUUAAUAACUCGACGUGAAUUUUUAUAAAAAGAAAUGUAAAUCUCUUUACCUAUGUCAAACGAAACUUGAUAAGUAAUUAAUUUGCAAGGGAGAAUUAAACCUAUAAGACAUAGGAUAAAAUAAAAUAUAUGAACGUUCGAAAAUGUAGUCUGUUAAAGUCUGAAAGUGAAUGGUUUUUGUUGACUAAGUACGUUUUAAUAAAUCUGAUUUAGCAUGGCUAAUACUAGUGCUACAGUAACUCAACUGAUAUCAUUCGGAUUCAAAUAUCAUAUAUGAAAGCAAUAUGAAUUAAAAAUUCCAUUUACCUUAGAGUGAACACAGUACAAUUGUAUGCGUUGAAUGGCAGUCGCUUUUAACAAAGAAAGAAAAAAGUUAUAAAUUUUAAAGCAAGGCAAUGGACUAUCAUGUUCACGUUCUUUUUUUUUUUUUUUUUUAACAAAUUAAAGCAGUUUUAUCCUACAUGGUGCGUAGCGUUACACUGUGAAAUGUAAGCGUCGUUGAAUUUUAUCCGCGUCGAGUUCCGACAGGACCUCGAGUUUGAUUGUUCGUAAUAAUAACGCGAGUUUUUUAAGCGAUAAUCGAUUUCUCGAUAGGAUUACAAUAAUGUAAUAUCUCACACGCAGUGUACCCGGGACGAUGAAACAACCCAAACACGUUUCGAAACGGAUAUCGUGCGACAGGGCGAUGUAAGAACAUGCUACGUAUGAAUGAUGGUGUCGGUAGUAAGUCUUGGAUUCAUUAGAUAAGCCGCGGUACCUUCGUAAAUGUGACCAUCGCACGACGAUAAAACGAUUAACACAAGAACAUUAAUGAUAUCUUGUUUUUUAUGUAAUUGAUGUACAUUAUUGCUCGUAAUAGCGGAUAAUUAUGUAAUAACAACGGUUAAAAAGAGAAUAGAGAAAGAAAGAGAGCGAGCGAGAGAGAGAGAGAGAGAGAGAGAGAAGUGGUUCGGCCGUAGUGAUAUGUGCUAAACAUUCGUAGUAUGUAAAAGUAUUAGCUAGAUUAUAAAAUGCCGCGUGAAAACGACUACAACGUGAAUGACGAUUAACGAAAUAUGCAGGGUGCGGCUGAAUACGCAAGAUGGAUGUAUUGUCGUCCUGACAUGGUCUAAGAACGAUCGGUAACAGUAAGAUCGUAACGAGUAAAAACGCGCGUCUUUUUAUUAUCACUUUUUAAUUUCAUUUGCAGACAAUACGUUUAUAUUAAAUGACCAUAUAGUCAUUUUCUUACUAAUUUUUUUAUUUUCGCAAAUCAAUCUAUAUAUGUACGUCUCGGAAUUUUUCUUCUUUAGGACGAUCGUUGGUUUUCACAGUGAUAAAUAAUAUAAAAUAUACAACGUUAUUAUAUUUUAAUACGUGAGCGCAUUGUCGGGGCAUUUCGCGAUCUUACCAAACGUUCUUAGAAUGCAAGUCGACGUAAACGUAUGCGUGAAACAUGUGUGUACAUCACUUUAUGCACGCCUUGCACCCUCGUAUUAUAGUCGAUGCAUUAGACAUCUCAUACAUUCAGAUACACCACCAAUAACAACAAGAACAAAUAAUUUUUUAAGAUUCAAUUAUUAUUUAAAUAGUACAGUUACAUUGUUAGUAUGAAUAACGACGCUUUUUAUACGAAUUUUAGUUUUUAAUGUCGAUCUUAUGAUAUAUUAUAUGGUAUAAUGAUAAUGACAAUGGUAAUAACAAUAACGAUAAACGAUAUCGAUAAUGGAACAGAUUAAAGAGAAAUUAAAAACUGCGCAAAUGAGAAAGGAGAACACGAAGAGAGAACGAAAGAAAAGGAAUGAGUGAGAGUGAGAGAACGAGAAAAAGAGAUUAUUGGAAGCCAGAGUGUGUGUUUAAGCUAGAUGAUUGUCUAUAGUAUAAACGAAGGCAUACAGUAGGUAGCCUCGAUGCUAUUUAAACAGACUUAAUUAAUGUAUUGCAAAUGAAUUAAUAAAGUGUAAGCGAAGCGUGUAUCUGUA